AUGACUUCACCAUCGGUUGAUCUUAAAGUCACUUCUCUUCGUCCAUCUACUUCUGAAGGUUGUUGUCUAGCAACCCUUCCACCAAUUAGAUCGCAUCAACCACCGAGGCACUUAUUACCACCGUAUCCACCUCCAACAUUUACGUCAGCUAGGCUAACCCCACUACCCGAAUUACCCCGUAAGCGCUCUACUAAACGAACUCGUUCAAGACACUCCCACCACCCAGUUAAGCCAACUUCGGCCAAAAGUCUGAAAGAAGUUGGUACAGAUACGCAAGAUCUCCAAGACGAUACCCAAUUUAUAUGCCGUCUAUGUGGAAUUUCAUGCAGUUCUGGAGACUCACUCCAUGCACACCUCUUGCUACUUCAGCAUAGCUUCCUCCAGUCGACGCAGACCCGCUUCACCUGUAGACAGUGUGGAUCUUCCUGGUUUAUGGAGGACGAAAAAAGGAGUAGUAAUCACCCGUGUCUUCUCCAAAAGGCAGCCUACUUUAGAAAUAUUAUGGCCUCACGAAAGCAUGUGAGACAGGGAUUACCCUUUGUCUGUCUGUUCUGCUGUGCUGAAAAUGAGCAAUCAGACCAGUCUCAUAAUAGAAGGCAACCCAGGAGAACUACCAAAAAGUCAACCCCACUGAAACCUUGGCGUGCAUCUGCAAUCUUUUUUUCGAAAUUGGAACUCGCCGUGCAUAUUAGAUACGUGCAUGCUCCAUCUAGAUUGAAUGGUCGGUGUCCCGAAUGCCCUGAUUUCUUAUUCGACGAGAAAAGCCAAUCGGAAAUCGAUUUCUGGGACAAAUUGCCCUGCCAGAGUAUUCGACCAUCUUCCACAGAUUCCAUUCUUUACCAAGAAGGCCUAAAUAUUUUCGAAAACCACAUCAAAGAUAUCCAUAUGGAGGGCUAUGAAUACUUGGAAUGGUUGAAUUCGAAACAAAAUCGAUCUGGACCGCAGGAGUUAAGUGAAAAGGCGUUGAAAUCUCAAACAGCCUGGAUGUAUGCUUGUCCUCUUUGCCAGAUUCAUCAGAUGUACGAUGAUUUCUCGAAGUCAAAUGAACUUUUUCACCCGGGAAUAGGUCUUCCGAGUAAUGCGGCUCUUCAAGCUCAUAUCGCAUGCUUCCAUUCAGCCGGAUCAAGUUUCCUAGAUUGGAAGUUUCUCGCCUGUUCUGUCUGUGGUGAUUUCAACAAUAGCUCCUCACAAUACAACCAUAUUCUCAAAGAGGGCCACUUGAAUAGAGUAAAGGAUAACUUCUCAACAGCAAUAAGACAGGGUAGAUUUGCUUCUGUAUGGGGUAAGGAAGAUAUCGAAUGGAGGAGUACUUGCGUUCUUUGUUGGAGAAGAUUUGGAGGCAAGAAGCUAGAUCUAAGAGCUGAAUGCAGACUUCAAGCUCAUCUCCUUUCCACGCAUUGCAUCUGCACGAAAGAACACAAAGAUCAAACUUUACUUUCCUGUGGCUGGUGUGGAGGUAAUCGACAAAAGGAUGAACACAAACGAAGUAAUGUUGAACAUACUGAAGUUUCCACAAAUCGUGAUCUUUCCGAACUGCGAGGCCUUGAACGGUUAAAAUUCAGGCAAAAACGUAACAGAGCAGAAUUGUUUGCUGACUUUCAAUGGUCCCGUCGACAUGAAAUGAAUCACGCCGAGGCCAUAUUUCGUUGGUGGCGAUCUAAUUCUAGAAGUAAAAUGGACGACAAUUUCAACUCCCGAAGGGGUCUACUGUGGUGUCGAGGUUCUUGGCGUGAUUCCUAA